AGUCAUGUCAAAACCUAAUUUGAUUGUUAACCGUAAUAAAUGCGAUUUAAGCCGCUUAGGCCAAGGGCUCUGUCGUUUCUUUACAGUCUAGAGAAUACGUUUCUACAAUGAACUACUUCGUGCUGCUCGGCAUUUUCUCCUGCAUUUGCGUCUGGCAAUUGGGAGAUGCUGCCCCCUAUAUAAGCGUUCAGUCUAGUUCACGAUCGAGUUCCCAGAAAAUGAUGGGUGGCAUGUUAAGAACCCUAUACGACUACAAUGUGCAGGACAGUGUGAACGAUUUGAGUGGGCAGUUGGUACACACUCGCAAUGCAGACUUCAACUCGGAUGUCAUGAGUCCGAAUGAAGUAGAGAAAGUACGCCAUCAACUGCUCAUCCCAGUAAUUUACCACUAACAAAUCUCUUAAGAAGCGUUUGUUUUAUAUGCUUUAUAUAGGCAGUUACUUAAAGAAAAAAAUAUGCAUCUAUACUUUAUAUAAUAUACAUCAUUCAAAUUAUAUGAUAACCAAAAUAAAGUACUUACCCCAUUAUAA